AGGGGUAUGAUUCUCGCUUAGGGUGCGAGAGGUCCCGGGUUCAAAUCCCGGACGAGCCCAGUUUUUGAGUCGUGAAAUCCGCUUGGAAAACGAACACGGAAGUCACUCCAAGCAUCAUUAAUCAAAACAAAGAGCAAUCUACUUUUCUGCGAGAGGCCGCUGUGCUUAUUUCGCGGCAGCGGGCUUCUGUCUCGGUCCUCUCGUCCACAACAACCCCUUCCCCUUCUUUUCUUUUUUUAUAUCAUGAACCGGGUCCCUUUCCUCGCUGCCCCCGCGGCUGCCGUCCGCUCUCCACAGACUCCACAGAAGCCUUGUAGCUUCAUCUCCUCAGGCUCUGUUCCCCAUUCUACAGAACAACCGUGUGUCCCAUUAAACAAGAGAAAAGGCAACAUUCUGUUUGGAUCGCCUCACCACCUUUAGGACAAAAUCUGGGAUUUUGUCCUUGCAUGGAAGAUCUCAACUCCUAACACGCGCCCCGACUCUCCCCAAUUCUAGCUAUGCUGGUCUUCCCCCCCCCUCCCCUGCUUUUCAAAUACAGGAGCCUAAAUAUUUUUCUGUCCUAGAUUAUAAUCCCGUCGGAUAUUUCUAUGACUUCUCUUUACUCCUGUGUUCAAACGUCACCGUUUUAGAGACACCUUUUUUUGAGCACUCCUUUCAAAGUAGCCCCAGCUGUCACUGAGCCCUGUGAUUUUUCUUUACGGCACGUAUCACUGCUGAAUACUAUUCAUAAUUAGCUUUUCUUUUAAAAGGCAUGGUCCGACAGAACUCAGUAUAGACCCCUGGCUGGCCUCAGACUCAAAAUCCUCCUGCCUCAGCCUGCCCAGUGCUGGGGUGUCUCACCCUUCCCAGCUCACUACCGGGUAGUAUUAUUGUAUAUUGUUUGUUGUUCCUUUCCUCCCAAGCCCAGACUUGCUGUCCUCUCCUUUCUUUGGAUAGAGCCCCACGAGACAAGCCUUUUAUUACGCUGGCUGCGGUAAUCCUCACACUUCGCAGUGUCCCCGACACAUCGUAGGUAGAGGCUGGCGUAGGGGCCGAGAGCGGGGGCCAUGCUGUGAUGGGCUUGCAUGAAAACGAGGAAGCCUAAACCUGCUCCUCCCGGCUCUGCUCUAAGUACGGUGCACGCAUGUGUCGAUUCGGCCAUCAGAGCCAAAGAGUCUGACACUAUGGAAAGAUCGGCGACCCAGAGCGAGGAGCGCAGCCCCGCGGGCACACGCCGCGCCCUCGGAGCGUCCGCGCAGACUCCCCUUCCCGCAGCAUCUCCAUCCGGAUUCUGAAAACCCACAGAGGUCCCGGUACCGCUUCUUCCCGGAAGGAUUCGGGGUUUCGGGGUUCCGUGCCUUUGGAUUGGGGCAAGGAGACUGCAGUGACUUAUUUCUUCCACCAGGGAGAGCCCCAUGCCUGUAGUUAUCAAAGGAAAACUGAAACCAUCGGCGGACGAGGCCCAAUCUAGCUAAGGUCACAGUAAGAAAGGCAUGGUUUAGGAUGGCUGGGUGGUCCAAGGUUAUGACCCUCGUUUAGUGUGCCAGAAGUUCCAGGUCCUCCUCCCGGGGUCGGCCCUCUCGGCAGUAAACCCAAACGUUUUUUUUUUUUUGUUGUUGUUUUUUAAGCGAAACAAAAUCAUACUAAAUAGGAAUAAUCUGAUUUAGAGUAACCACGACAUAACAACUGUGUCAGACGCAUGUAUUUCACCUUUAGGUACACUCUCUUCCUGUGAAUUAACAGCGAGAGUAACUACCAGACACUACCACCCACCGUUUAUACACACUCCCGAGUAUCGUGACACUACAGUCACCCCCAUCUCUCUUCUGCAGUUUCCAGAAAAUGUUUUCAGGACUUCCUCAGAGAAGCGAGUUUUAUGUCAAGGAUUUCACCAUGCCCUCUGAUUGCCUCAACUGUCAUCCUUGAAUUCUGGAACAUCAGGAGGCCGCAAAUGGGAGGCGUCCUGCUACAGGAAGCCUGGACUCCCUCCCUCCCUCCCUCCCUCCCUCGGGCCCUUUUGUGCGGGGAUGAAAGCAGUGUCGCUCCUUGGAAACCGCUCUCACCAGAGCUUUCCUUACGAGGAUUUUUAACCUCUCACUGCUGGAAUUUCUGAAGCAGGGGUUCUGGGCACAGUGCUUUUUGCAAGGCUCUCUGGUGUGCUUAGGGGUGCCCGCGGAACUAAAGAUGCUACCAAGUUACUCUUCAGGCCCACCGGAGGUUGUACCCAGCCCCAUCUUCCUCGAAACCACGCUCCUCCACUGUACUUUGCCUUCUCUAGCUGAGUUCUAGGCCCAACCCUCAAUCCAGCUUAGUUUCUCUUUGAGACUGUAGUCUCUUGCCAAACCACAGAAAUGCGGGGCCACGUCUCUUCCAGGUGCUAAAGCAAUCUGGAUUCUAAGCCUUUGUGGGCAAAGAAGGUACUGUUCUGAGUCUUCCAUGAAAGGCCCCGAAGGAGCCUAAGUGGUCUGCUACGUUUUGCUCAUUCUCCAUGUGCAGGAAGUAGGAGGUGGAAUUUAUCAGGAAGGAGCUGUGUGGCUUCCCAGGGAAGUGGUGGUUAUGCAAUUAGAUAAGUGUGUGCUUGUGUGUGUGUAUGUGUGAGUGUAUUGUGAGUGUAUGCAUGUGUGUGACUUUUGCGCGCGCGCGUGCGUGCGUGCGUGCGUGCGUGUGUGUGUGUGUGUGCGUGUGUGUGUGCGUGUGCGUGUGCGUGUGCGUGUGUGUGUGUGUGUGUGUGUGCUCCUUAUUAAAGUAGAUCGCAUUACACAGGCAGGGAGGGAGAAGAACACAGAGCUAAUAGCUAUAACCAAAAUCUCUAAGGGGUUGCCAGCAAGUCAAGUGAGGGAUUCAGAGGCACGGUAAUCAAUUUAAGGCCUGGCAGAGUGGGAAAUCAAUAUGUUUCCCUCCUUGGUUUUGUUAUUGUUGUUGUUGUUGUUUUGUUUUUUGUUUUUUGUUUUUGUUUUUUAACUUUCUCAUGUUAUGAGCGUACAAUGCUGGAGGAUUUCACCCAAGUAAUCCCCCAAAAAGAUGAUAGUAAAAACUCCAGGGAGGCUCAUCAUCCCAUGAAGUUGCUGAUGCUAAGCCUGAUGACCUCGUCCUGGGGAUCCACACAGUGGAAGAAGAGAACUCUUACACGUUGUCCCCUGACCUCUACCCAAUCACCAUGGCACAGGCACCACCCUCUCACACACUAAAAAAAUACAUAAGAUUUGAAAUUAUAAAAUGGGCUGGAGAGAUGCUUCAGUAGCUAAGAGAGCUUGCUGCUCUCCCAGAGGAACCGAGUUUGGUUUUAGCGCCCAAUAUAGGUGGUUCACAACUGAUUUUAACUCCAUCUCCAGGAGAUAUGACAUCUAUUGGGCACCUGCACUUAGGUGCACACACACACACACACACACACACCGAAUAAACCUUAAAUCCUGGCAUGGGUGGCACAUGCCUUUAAUCUCAGCCUUUAAGAUGCAGAGGUAGGUAGAUCUUUGUGAGCUUGAGGCCAGCCUGGUCAAUAUAUCUGAUGUCUUCAGACCUAACAAUACAAGCUCCAUGUCUGUCAGGGUUAUAUAGUGAGACUUUGUCUGGAAAACAAAACAAAACAAAAAAAAAAACAAAAUCAAAAAACAAAUAUCAGAAAUUCUUACAAAUUAAAAAUAAUGCAAGUACGGUCCCUUUAGACCACCAUUCGCAUGCUCCUCGUGCAGUUAAUGUUUACUGAGCUCAGGGGUCAUAGCAUCAGUUCAGGGGACAGAAACCAGUUUUAAGGAUUCCUAAGUGGCCCUAGUGGGUGCUGAUGAGCCGGGAGAGAUUUUUAUUUGUUUGUUUUGUUUAAGAAGUAUCUGGAUUUUCUAGAGCCGUGAUGAUUAUUCUAGUUCAUCUUUCCCAAGGAUUUAUCUUAUUUUCUGCUCCAGAGAAGAAAGCAGACCCCGGGAGUGCAGGGAGGGAAGAAUGCCCUGGGGGUACAGGGAGGAAGGUGGCUUUAAUGGUCCCUCCAUUCAGAAGGCUUGGGCGAGUGCCCAGGCUGCUGGUACAGAAGAGAAGCUGGGUAAGAUGUGAUCAGAGCACUUCUUGAACUUGAACAUGGAAGGGACUGUCCCUUCAAAGGGUAGGCUUUGGGCAAUUUCUCCUCAUCUGGUCAUUCUUGGGUUACUAGCCUGUGGCGGUCGUUAUGGGAACCCAAGGAACAUCUUGAGACCCGAAAUGCCUGCCCCUCCCACGGAAGGAAUUUGUGUGCACAGCCUGGGGCUCUAACUGUUAAACCCAGGUUGACUGACGGUCUCCAACUCGGAACACCAGGGUCUGAGGGCCGGAGCAGACUGCUCUUGGGUGUGUGCGGGGCCUCUCUGUUCACCUGGGAGGGGAGUUCGAAUAUCGCCCAGGAGCUUGUAGCAGGGAUCAGCUCUGAGGAGGUGUCCCUUUGACCACGUUGCCAGUUCCCUAAGCUGUUUCAUAGGAACACUCCUCUACUCCUAAGUCAGACCCCGCUUUUGGGUCGGGACCUAGCAGCUAACGCCUUGCUUUCUCAUUGCUUGUUUCCAGAAAACACCUCACCUCUCCUUCCUGGGUAGCCAGUCAUAUGAGAUCGGCCUGUGCCUGCCUUUAAAUGAAGCUCAGUGACCUUGGUGUGUAAAAGCAGAAUGGAGUCUCACUGUCACACUUCUUUUUUCCUAGCACUCCUGUUGGAGAUACGGAAAUGGAAACCCUGGAAAGUGGCGUGCGUGGCUUCGCAUGCUAACUUUGUGGAGAGGAAGCCAGGCAAAGCCUCUACAGCACCAUGUGGCCAGUCAUUCGCAGGAAACUCACUUCCCCCAGCAGUGGCUGUUGAAGAAGAUCCUCCAGGCCGGGCGGUGGUGGCGCAUGCCUUUAAUCCCAGCACUCGGGAGGCCGAGGCAGGCGGAUCUCUAAAAGCCAGAAAAUCCUAGUCUUAGGAGUGGCUGAAAAGUGGAGCUGAGGGCAUUGGCCUUUCCUGAUUACACUGUGAAGCUCCCCCUCGUUAGAAUUCCUAGCCACUCCCCCAGCUACAUGACCACGUGCAUGAUUGCGCACCUGCACUGUCCAGUAGCCAGAGUCCACAGCUGUUCAACGAGAACCUCUAUCCGGGACCGGCCUCACCAAUGUCUCACUUUGAAGGCAAAGCCUCUUCCUCCCCGAAGGCAUCCAAGCACACUGUUCCACGGGUUCCUCCCUUUCUGCCCUCUCCUCUUCUGCCCUCCCCACAGUCAGCAACUCCUUACCAGCUCUUGUCUGGGGACUGUGAGACGCAAAGGAUUUCCUCACAUACAUGAUUAAAAGGACAUGUUACCUGUGAGAGCAAGAGCAAGAAGGGCAGGAGUUAAAGCCAGAGAUGUGAAGGGAAUCUUGCCCCUGAUGGUACUAAUGGUGAUCGUUUUCCUGCUGCUCCUGUUCUGGGAAAACGAGACGACUGAGGACAUCACGCUGACCUCCAUAGAGCAUUUGCACGUGGACUAUCCUCAGAACUCUGCCCUUCUGAGGUACUGCAACUACAUGAUACUACAGAGAGUCAUCAGGGAACCUGACCACGCGUGCAAAAAGCUGCAUGUCUUCAUCCAUGAGCGGCCUCAGAAAAUCAACAGCGUUUGCACUUCCUCCAAGCAGAUGACGUGCCCAAACUAUUCUGAUAGCUCCUGCUUCCAGAGUGAGACGAGAUUCAGAAUGACAGUCUGUCAGCUCAUCGAUGGCACCAGAUACCCUGCCUGCAGGUACCAAAUCGCCCCUAUAGAGGGCUUCAUUCUUGUCACUUGUGAUGACUUGGGGCCAGUUAAUUUUCAGGGGUAUAUUGAAUAGCACAGGGUGUGCGAACUUCUCUCCGGUUGACCCGAGCUGUGGCUGUGGUGUACCGCUGUGAGCAGAAUGGGGGCGGGUGGUGGAUCCUGCCAGUGUGUCUGAGGAGCCACCACUGAUUCUGUGUCAAUAAAAACAUCUUUGCUGAAUUAAACCACAAA